CAGCAUCCAGCCAUGUUGCGCCGCCUCCCGGAGCUUCUCCGCACCACCGCCACCGCCGCCGCCACCCUGCUCUCCCGCCGUCUCCCUCAACCUCGACCGCACCGGCACCUGCUUCCAUCCCUACCCGCACAUCUCCUACCCGCCCCAAGCCUCGCAUCACGCUUCUACGCCACCCAGUCCGCGCCGGUAGCGGCGGCGCGGCCACCGCGGGCGCCGCGGCCGCUGCGGACGGUGGGCAGCCUGCUGAGGCUCAACGACCUCCGCGAUAACCCGGGGGCGACCCAGCAGAAGACGCGCAAGGGCCGCGGGAUCGGCUCAGGGAAGGGCAAGACUGCCGGGCGUGGCCACAAGGGCCAGAAGGCGCGUGGUACCGCUCGAUUCGGCUUCGAGGGCGGCCAGACCCCGCUGCGCCGCCGCCUUCCCCGCCGGGGGUUCAAGAAUCGCUUCUCACUCACCUUCCAGCCCUGUGGACUGGGAAAAAUUGCGAAGCUCAUCAAUGCUGGAAAAAUUGACUCCUCUGAAUUGAUCACAAUGAAGACACUGAAGGAUACUUGUGGCAUUGGUAAGCAAAUAAAGGAUGGAGUUCGGCUAAUGGGCCGUGGUGCAGAAGAAAUUAAAUGGCCGAUUCACCUCGAGGUCUCAAGGGCAACGGCGAGGGCGAAAGCUGCAGUUGAAGCAGCUGGUGGAACCGUAAGAUUGGUCUACUAUAACAAGCUUGGGUUCAGGGCACUUCUGAAACCAGAGUGGUUCGCAAAGAAGGGCCGCCUUAUACCAAAAGCGGCGAGGCCUCCACCCAAGCAACGGGAUAAGGUGGAUAGCAUUGGCCGACUACCUGCCCCGACAAAGCCACUUCCCUUCACAACGGAGGAGUUAGAGUUUAGCGCAAAGCGUGAAGCUGCUAAAGUGAUAAUUGCGUAGAAGGGCAUUCCUUAUGGGACGAGCAAGGAUGCCAAAGUGGCACACAAACUUGCGGUAAUAACCAGCAAAGACCAAGGAAUUGGCCUAAUUCUUUCACAUUAGGAGGGGUAUUCCAUUUCUGCACAUCAGAUAUUUUGCUGGGGUCAGUUCCCACCCCUUCCGCACUAAUAAUAUGUCCCAGGUACGACACUUGUUGCUGAGCAAAUUCACACUUGGACUCCUUCCCAAGCCAGUGGUCAUUGCGGAGAAGAGCCAGCACCUCGCUCAAAGUCUUGCAAGUGGCUCAAAAGGCGGGCUGUAGAUAAGGAUAUCAUCGAAAAAUACCAACACACAGCGCCGGAGACAUGAUUUCAGUGUUGUAUUCAUUGCCCCUUGAAUUUGCUGUGGCUCCACUCAAACCAAAUGUCAUGACUUUGUAUUCGUAGUGACCACUGAGUUUGAAACCCUGUCUUGUACUCCUCUCCCGGAGCUAAGCGAAUCUGGUGAUAAACUGCACGUAAGUCCAGCUUGGAGAACCAAAUGUUACCCACCAAUUCAUCGAGCAGUUCUUCGAUUACUGGUAAUGGAUGCGUGGGAAUCUGACUCAUGGCGUUGAGCUGACGGAAAUCAAUGCAAAGGCGCCACAUGCCACCCUUUUUGCGCACCAAGAUUGCCGGUGAAGAGAAAGGACAACUGAGUUGAAUGACUCCACUGUCAAGCAUUUCUUGCACUCCUUUCGAUCUCGUCUCUGAGCUCAUGUUUAGGGAACCUUUGAUUCACAAGAAUUGUAUAAGGAUAGUUUUGGAUU